AUGAACUCAUACGACAUUCUUGGAUGGAGCUUUAUUGAAGAGGCAGUUAUUCGAGAUCGGGGAUAUGAUGAGGAAAGAGAUUUGGCCGCCAUUUUAAAAUCGUACUUCAUUCGACGCGGUUUUGUGGAUUCCCUUAUGGCAUUAAAUGAUGAACUCGUGGAGUUGGAGGGAAAUAAUAAUGUGAGAAAAUAUUGUGUAAAGAAAAAGAAAGCAAAUGGUGGAAUGCCUAUGAAAAAGGAUGAAUCCCCCAUGUGGAAUAAUGAAAGGAGUGAUGAUAACAGUGUUAAUACUGUUGUAGAGUCUAUGAAAAAACGUAAACAAAUUCAAUUAUUAUGCUUAAAUGAACAAUAUGAAGAGGCUGCGGAACUUCUACCACAUGGAAGUGUCUUUAAAGUAAAAUUACUUGCUAUGGAGGCUAUGAAAAUUGCAAGAUCUAAUCAAUCUGCGGCUCUUUUUUUUCUCUGUGUAAAGGUAAGUCCUCUGGUGGUGGAGACAACAGAUGCGACGAUGGCUCAUCACAUUUUUGUAAACUCUUUAGCGGCCGUCUCGAGUGGAGUGAAGGCGGCGGAGUUGUCGAUCCCCACACCGCGGACAAUUGCCCGUGAGGUGAAUGAAUCUCUUCUCGAGAAGAGUGAGUCCAACGCGUUGGAUAUUCUUCUCUCGUGGUCGGAUUGGCAGGUGCUGGUGAGGAAAAUAAGGGAGGGGGAACAGAAGAAGGUGAACUUUCCCUUCACAAUGAAGGUAGAUAAAGUGUAA